CAGACAGUAGUGAACGCAGGACAGUCGUCGUAGUGCGCCUCGGGAGCUAGAGCGGGUUGGGUGGUGGACAAGAAGAUUUGCCAUGAACAGGAUACGAAUUCAUGUUUUGCCAUCGAGCCGAAACCGGGUGACCCAGACACCCCGGCCACAGGAGCCUCAGGCCUGCUCCUUCACCCAGCGACCAUGCUCUCAGCCCCGUCUGGAAGGCCUGGACUUCUGCCUCAAACACAUUCUGGAGGACAAAAACGCCCCAUACAAGCAGUGCAGCUAUGUCUCUGCUAAGAACGGCAAGCGCUGCCCCAAUGCAGCUCCAAAAGUCGAGAGGAAAGAUGGCGUGACGUUCUGUGCAGAGCAUGCUCGCAGGAAUGCCAUGGCUCUCCGAGCUCAGAUGAGAAAGGCGUCUUCCGGUCCUUCUCCAGAGACACUGUUGUCUCAGCUUAGUGGAUACAACCGUGCGGAGACACACAGCCUUGAGGGAGGCCGUUCUGAAGCAAGUCGUAUUUUAGAUGAGGACAGUCUGAGUGAGGAGGAGCAGGGGCCGUUGGUGCUUGACCAGACGUGGAGAGGAGACCCUGACAGUGAAGCCGACAGUAUUGACAGUGAUCACGAGGAUCCUCUGAAACAUGCAGGAGUGUACACAGCAGAGGAGGUGGCUCUCAUCACUCGAGAAAAACUCAUCAGGCUCCAGUCGCUCUACAUUGACCAGUUCAAACGCCUGCAGCACCUGCUGAAGGAGAAAAAGCGUAGAUACCUGCACAACCGCAAAGUGGAGCACGAAACUCUUGGGAGCAGUCUACUGACAGGUCCUGAAGGACUGUCCGUGAAGGAAAGAGAGAACCUGAAGAAGCUCAAAGCUCUGCGUCGAUACCGUCGUCGGUACGGAGUGGAAGCCCUGCUGCACCGGCAGCUGAGGGAGAGGAGGCAGGCUGUGACAGAAGGAGCUCCUCAGCCACACUCGAGAACAGUCUAUGAGAAAUGCAUCUCCUUCGUGGAGGGGACCCGAUGUACCAAUCCCUGCCUUCCUAUGACCCGGCACUGUGUCUCACACAUUUACCAGGACAGCAAUCAGGUGCUUUUCAAAAUGUGUCCAGGCCUGAAAGAUGUCCCCUGUGACCGCACCGUGCACAUGGGUCAGUCUGACGAUCCUCGCUGCCCGCUUCACCUCACCCUACCUCCCCCCAUGUACCAGCCUGAGCAGGAGCCUCCACCGCAGGAUCAGCUCACCCUUGCAAGCAAAGACAUGUAUCUGAGUGCAGCAGAGCUUCAGCCAACAGAGAGCCUUCCCUUAGAGUUCAGUGAUGACCUAGAUGUGGAAGGCGAUGGCAUGCAGGGUCCUCCGUCCCCUCUUCAGUUUGACACGGCCCUUGCCUUGGAAGACCAGACCAUCAGAGCCAUUGCUGAGGCGCCAAUGGACAUCCUGACGGGCGAAGACCCAGACCAGGUCGACCUGGACACCUCAGGCCAGGAGCUUUCAGAAAGAGAUGUGGAUGCCAUCAUGGAUGACCAGGUGGUGUCAGAGGUUGUAGGAGGCGAAGAAGACGCCGCUGAUGAUUCACAGGACGUCGACACUGCUGCGGCUGAUGCUCCCAGAUGAGCAAGCUCGACCUCUGCAGCAUUAUCAAGCGAACAAGUUUCACUGUACAGCACUUCAUACUGCAGCCCGUGGUAACGGACUCGUUUUGUAUGACUUGGGUACCAGUGAAGCACUUCAGUGGUUCCUACUGGUUCCUACUGGUUCUUAAAAUGUCGUUACAGUGGAAGAAACCCAGAAACGUGGGGAACAGAGGAGUCACAGGCAUAUCAGAGGAAUACAGGGUAACUAACAGCCACACAUUUUACUGAAGCCCACAUAUCAUCAGACUCCACUGAUUUAUUUAUAUCUUCUACUUCAUCGUGUGAUUUGAAAUAAAGUCAAGUUGAGAAAUGGGUCUGUAAGUUCGUCCAGCACUGCAGCAUCUUGCUGGAGUAGAAAACAAACAUACCUUUCUCAGUUGCACAGCUAUGGAAGGUUUCUGUUAUAAUAAUAUCACAAAGAUGUAGGUGGAUCAGACUUAGCCGAUAUUUACUGUUCUUUAACGUUGUAAGGCUAAUGAGAGACUAACCAGUGGAACAGUGGGUAUUUUCCAAAGUUACUGUCUUUUUAGUUUCAGAUUUCCUCAUCAUGGCUCCACAGUCUGUUCCUGCGCUGAGCUGCAGUGAAGGGAUAAAACAAAAAGAGGGAGUUUGGUUCUAACUUUGGAAAAAAGAACCCAGCUGAUAAAACCAAAGUCUCAUCUGAGUUUUAACUGAACGUUCAGCUGUUUUGUUUUUAUGAAAGAGGAGAAAUGUGAAUCUACUCUGAAGUGAUUUAUUUAAAUAACGUGCAUCUGUCCUUUAAGCACCAGUGGGAACCAGUAGGUAUUUUAUUGGUAACUGGUAUAUACAAUAAAAUAAAGACAGUUAAUAUGGGCUGUGUUAUGAAGUGUGUGACCCAUGUUUCAUCCCACAAAGACUGAUACUGAGUUGACCUUUUUUCAGUAGAGGUCACCUUCAGAACAGUGACAUUUUCAGGUCAUUUCCAAUUGACAGUUCAACAACAUGUAUUUAUUGUGUUUUCAUGUUUCUAUCUGGGUUAAACUGCCUUAAAAUUGUAUUCGGUUAGUUGCUCGAUGUUUUUCAUCUGUUAAACAACUCUCAUCCACAAAUAAACUAUUUUCUGAUGCA